GUAGCUAGCUACCAAAUACUCUUCAUUACCAAAUAGAAAACAUGAAAAAACCUUCCUCAUCACUCCUCCUCCUCCAUCUCCUCCUUUUCAUAACCACCUCACUCCCCCUUCAAAUUUCCUCAUCUCCAGACCAUUACAUAAGAAAAUCCUCUUCCACGUCAUCAUCACCAAAUCCUCUCCAAUACCGAAAAUACUUCGAGUUAAUUCACCCCUUACCGUCCGAUCACUCAUCUCCAUCAUGCACUCUCCACGUCAUCCGCCACACAUUCGGAAACACAAUCAACCAACCACCGUACUCCAUCCCCUACUCUCCGCCUUCCAACUGCUCCUCCACCUGGCGCCACGUCACUCUCGAGCUCCGCACCAGCUCAAUCGGUAACCAGUACGAUCGCAUCUCCGCCUUAUGGCUCGGCGGCGCUGAGCUUCUCCGUACAAGCACCGCUGAACCAACCGAAGACGGCGUUUACUGAUCGGUGAGAAAAGAUAUCACUCGUUACUCUUCUCUUCUUAAACAGAAUGACCUCAACUUCACUCUCAUGCUUGAGAAUAUCGUUAACGACGUCUUCACCGCUGUUUACCGCGUCGACGUCACGCUCUUCUUCUACGAAACAGUUAGUCUUCCGCCUCCGUUGCUACUUAAUAAUCAUUUAGCUCUUCCUAAUGCUUUACCGUUUAAGUCUAAAGUAGACUAUGAAACACCGUCGGAUCUGAUAAUUCCGAUAUCGGCGUUUCGAAACGAGAGAGGUCACUGGUUUAGAAUAGAAGACGAGUCAGAUGUUCAUUAUACGAAACUUAGAAUCCCUAGAAACACAUACAAAGUCGUUUUGGAGCUGUACGUGUCGUUUCAUGGAAACGAUGAGUUUUGGUAUUCGAAUCCGUCGAAUGCUUACAUUAGAAUGAAUAAUCUAACUACUACACGAGGAAAUGGUGCGUUUAGAGAGGUUUUUGUCACGAUCGACGGAAUGUUUGUCGAUUCCGAAAUUCCGUUUCCGGUGAUCUUCACCGGCGGAAUUAAUCCGUUAUUUUGGGAGCCAACGGUUGCUAUAGGUGCGUUUGAUUUACCGACUUAUGAUUUUGAUUUAACUCCGUUUCUAGGUAUGUUAUUAGACGGUAAGGAUCAUGUGAUCGGUUUAGGUGUUGGUAGUAGCAUUUCGUAUUGGCUUGUUGAUGGAAAUUUGCAUCUCUGGUUAGAUAAAUCUGCUGCUAGGGUUACUUCUAAGUCUGUCAUUUAUCAGAACCCUGGCUCGUCGAUUAAACAACAAGAGAGUUUCAGAAUGUUAGAUGGUUCGUUAGCCAUUAAAGGUAGAAGACAGAUGAAACUACUCGGUUGGGUUAAAUCCGGCAAGGGAAAUGUAACGGUUUCCGUUAGCCAUAGCUAUAAGUUUAAGAAUUUCAUAAGAUUUACGAAACAGGGUACUUUUAAGCAAGUGAAACAAACAGUAACGUCGAGCCGAGAAGUUCGGAUUUUGGAUGAGUUAGGUUUUUUACUCAGUCUUGUUACUGUUAAAAGAAGGUAUCCUCUUAAGGUGGAUACUCUGGCUCUGCCUGGAGUAAAAGACGAUAUGUACAGGCUUUAUACUAAUGUUAGUCAUGCUAUGGUUGAUAAGAUUAGAGUUGGAACAGUAUCGAGCUCUGUUAAUAAUAAACAGAUUUGUAGUGGUUGGAUGGAUGUUAAGGAUCAUGAUGUUCUCUCGGGGAAAGCAUGGACGAACCAGACAUUGACGACUGUUGAUGACUUCGGCUGUUAUGUUCGAAGUAUUGUGGUGAUCGAUGGUAGUCUCUUGAAAGAUAAUUCAACUGAUAUCUGUCCCUCAGUUGUGUAACACUUGUGUAAACAAAUUGGUAAUGGUUGGAUGGAUUUUAGGGUCACAAUGUUAUUAGAGGGGAAGCAUGAACGAAUCAGACGUUUAUGACUCUGGUGUUUACGUUCGGAGUGUUGUAGUGGUUGAUGGUAGUCUCUUGAAAGAUAAUUCAACCGAUAGUUGCCCCCCCCCCCCCCCCCCCCCAUUUGUGUAACAGAUUGCUAACGGUUGGGUGCUGUUAAGGGUCACAAUGUUAUCUCGGGGAAAGCCCGGAUAAAGCUGACGUUAACAACUGUGGAUAACUCGCGUUGUUAUGUUUGAAGUGAUUGAUGGUAAUCUCUGGAAAGAUAAUUUAAUUGAUAUUUCUUCCUCAUUUGUGUAACAUUUGUUGUUUGUUGAUUUAAUUGUAGACUGUUCUUAAACUCAGUAGCAGUAGCAGUAGUGUUUGUUGCCAUUCUUUUGUUGCAGUAAUUCUUUUUUUUAAGAUUGUGUAGUCUUCUUUGAGAAUUGAGAUUAUAGUAUUAUUGGGCGUUUGUUUUGGUUAA